CCCGUCUACCGCUUCGUUCCAGAGCUCCGAGCUCUGGAACUCUUCAUCCGCAACACGGUCUUCGACACCGUCAGCCUCGUCGUGGUCCGAGGAACCAAUCCUGCAGGAAGAGCCGUCGGGGUUCCAGUACCUUCUGGCGUGCAUCAACCAGAAGAGCUUCCCGAUACUGAUUCACAUCGAGUGCAGCUCUUUCGAGAAUGACCAGUACCUUUGCCGGGAAAUCUGGGAAUAUUACCGAAUGAUACGGGAGGGGGCAACCUGGAAGACGUCCUUUCUUGUUCCUUUAUUAAUCGCUACUGUGAUGAGCAGCGUAUCAGACUUUCUUGAGAAAAGAACUCCUAGUUGGCUGAAAUGGAUAUCCCGACUAUUUCGAUCGUUGUCUGAUAUUAGCUUGUUCAAGAUGGAUACUGGCGAUUUCGUCCGGUUUCAACUCGUGCCGGUUGGAGAGGCCACCGUGCCGAACCACUUCAAGUGCGGAGAGUUUCCCCCGUGCUCCGAGGCGAAGGCCGGGAACUAUCUAUACGAGCCGGUGCCAAUGGCCAACGUAGCGCUCGCGUCCAUCCCGCUGUGGCAUCUCACGCGGCCGGGCCGACACAGCGACAAGUACUGGAUCACGACGUUCCCAAAGAAGCUCCGGUAUCCCCUGCGUCGCGAGGCGGAGGUUUACGGGAAGCCGGUCAUCGGAUGGGGCAUACGGGUCAACGAGUGCUUCAACUGGGGCCAGUUCCUGUUCCUUAUCCUAACGGUGAUCGUGAUAAUCGGUGCAAUCAUGGGCGCUUAUCUGGCGCUGAGGGCGGACGAUUCAUCUGGUUUCGGGCUGGCGGCGUUUCUGGCGGCGUUUCUGGCGGCUGUGGCCGCGAUUUACAUCCCAUACCAGUAUUUCGCUUGGAAGGAGAAGCUUGAUUAGUCUUCUCACCCGAUGGAGUUUGGCUGGGCUCGGGUUCAUGGGUGGUCAGGUAACGGGGUAAUGAUAUAUGAUAUGAUCGAUAAUGAGUUCCUUUCCAAUUCCCCAAACUUUCCCAUAGGCACCAAGGUCUAUGCAU